AUGGAAAUAGCUCUCUCUACUCCAUUAUCAACACCUUCACUCGACUCUGGGGCAUUUCACGAUUACUAUACCGGCCUGAUGCAAUCCGAUAAUGAGUUACUUUCUUUGCCACAAUGGCACCACGAUGACAUGAAUAUCUCUGCAAACAAUACUUAUAAUUCCAUUCCCGACUUUGAAUUAUACAUGAAUAUGCCUGGUACACCACAAAGCGGGGAUCAUUUCUCCCAACCUGGUGCCUUCUCACUUAAAGAAUUCCCAAUGCACACUCCCUGCGAUGCCACACUCCCAUCAUGGCUCCCCACCUCUCCACCACUUACCCGCGUCAACUCCGCUACAUCAACCUCCCAACCAAAACCUCCUACCUCUUUACCUGAGUCAGAAAAUUCUAGCGGCUCACACUGCUGUCCUGCGCACGAACAAAUUGUGCAAUUACUACUCUCCCGCGGUGCGAACGUGAACAUUCAAAACGCCAGCGGUCGAACUCCCUUACAUAUCGCCGCUCAACAAGGACAUCUGGGUAUUGUGCGUCUCCUGUUGGCCUCACAAUACAUUGAUGUGAAUGCCCAGGACCGCUGUGGUGCCACACCAUUACAUUUGGCGAGUGAGAAUGGACAUGUCGUCAUUGUCCAGUUGUUGGUUGCGCAUAAUGCCAGAUUGGAUGUAAGGGCAACCACUGGCAACGCGUGA